CAUUAUUCCCACGCUUUAUCUUUCUAUAAAGCUUUCCAACUGUGGAGACCGCGUGGAAGGCCUUUCGGGCAUCUUUUUCCCGGAGCCGAGGCGUGUCGAAACAGAUAAGCAUCACAACAAUCUCCUUUCAGCUCCUUCAGUUUAAUUUAUCUUCAUUCUCGCGUUGGGUUAUUCGCGGGUUUUGAUUUUUGCUGACUGAGGAAGUUGGAUCAUGCAACAUGGUUCUUGACAGUGUCCUUUCUUCUCCUAACAGGAGGACCCCGUCAUUCCGAAAGUCCUUUCCAAAUGAGUUGGGUAGUUGGUCGACUCUUGUGCAGCGACAUCACUUUCUGCUGACAGCACUUGCCCUCUUGACUUUUCUUUGCACAAUUUACCUUUACUUUGCUGUCACCUUAGGCUCUUCCUCCUCUUGCUUUGGACUGACUGGGACGCAAAAAGCUAAGUGUCAACUGGAGCUUGCAAAGACUUCCAUGGCUAAAGGGAAACUGAAAAUUCUUUGAUACAUAGGAUUGUGAUCCAAAGCAUGUCUUUUGUUUGUAGUUCUCAACAAUUUGUGUUGAAGACUUGAGAAAACGAAGGAAAAAAAAUUUAGUUUGGCAUACAAGUUUGUGUAGUAAGAUGUAAGCAAACUCUCGAUACAUGAUAUCUAAGGGGAAAAAUGCAUUAAUCAAUCAUUUUUUGUUUUGCAGAUUUA